AUGCCGACUUCGAGUUCCGCGUUGGAGCUACGAACCAAGCCCUUAAGGCCUGCAUUUAUUGAGGACGCGGAUGCCAGGCAGAAGUCCGUCGAAGAGCUCCUCCAGGACCAGGACCGCCGAUUCAUUAGCCAGAUUCGCUCUCUCAAAACGUAUGUGCGCAGCAAGUUUUCCUCCGCCAGCUCGGUCGUGGAGGAACUAGACCGGCAGUAUACCGACUGGUUCAGCUCCGUUGAGGGGCGUCUGGGCGAUCUCAAGCGGGUGGUACACGAGGAGAAAAAGGCGAGGAAGGCACUGGAAGGGCUCGAGUCGGCUGUCGCUGAUCUGCGCACCGCUGUGGAUGAUGGUAAUCAAACUCGUCACGAAGAUCACUCUCAUAUCCUUGCCGAGAUGGAGCGUUUCGCCACAGAAAUUGCUCGUUUGUUCGAACGUUUCCAGGAAUUCGAGCAAAGCUUCGGAUGCCCUUCUCAAGGGCCUGAAGAGGCCGCAGCUUCGAGUGGAGGAGAAACCCUACCGCCCCCUUCCCGUGAAUACGGAUAUGCGUCAGACCCGCGCUUGGCUGACGGCGACUCACCUUCAACGACGCUCUCUCUGUCCGUAUCCCAACAAGUCGCUGCUAUGGGAGUGUCGCGCCAGAAUGGGUACCUCGUCGGUCCUGCCGCCUUGGUACUGACGACGCCAGGUCAAGUAGUUCCGCGCACUCCGGCCCCUAUGGGCCCCUCCUACUUCGGCCUAUUGGACUUGCGCGGGUUUCUCGUGCGCUUCAUCGUCAGCAAUGCGCUUAAGCAAUGGUGCGCGGACAUCGGUAUCAAACACCCACAUCGAAUUGCCGUGCCUCGCCAUACGUCGCUUGCGGUAUUCGCUGUGAUAUGCUUCAUAAUCGUGUGGUUCCUCGAGCCUGCCGAUGCUAUGCCGCUCAACAUCAGUAUCUCAAGCGGUCCGGUCGAAUGGCUUGCGAACGGCCUCUACGUUGGAGAGAAGUACGUGAUAGGCAUCGUGUCUUGGGUGAUCAGCUCAAUGGUUCGUACCAUCUUGACGUUGACCGGAGCCUUCAUAUACUCGAUAUAUUGGGUGUGGAUCGUUUUCAUCUCGUGUUGGCCUUGA